UGUGUAGCGGCAGUUACUACCUGGAGGGACAGAGGACCAGACGUGCUGGACAGGUGUGCUGUAGCUGCUGAGAAAUAAAAAGACGUCAUUACGUCAUCUGAAGUGCGCUUCCGCUGGGUGUGCAGUCCCAUUACGGUAUUUGGCGCCACACAGGGUGAUAUCUGUUAUAUAAGAGAGUUAAUAUCACAUCCACAAGCCCUUACCAUGCCCUAUCGAGGGUGAUGUGGCCAGUACCAUCACCCAGAGGUACAACUGCAGCCCCAGUCCAUGAUGCUCCUGCUUGAACUCCAUGAAGUUCCAGACGUCGGUUGCAAUGAAUGAGAAAAUGUCCCCGGUUCCCUUCCUGCUCUUUAUGUAGCACGCAACAGUACAUAAUGAGAUGUGAUGACAUCAUGACACCAUCACGUCUAAUCCCACAAGAGUUUGAGACCCAGAGGAGCUGCAAAGAAAUUUGCUGCCAGCCUUGCCAGAAAGCCUGAGCCCAAACCCAGAGAAAGAAAGAAAGAAAGAAAGAAAGAAAGAAAGAAAGAAAGAAAGAAAGAAAGAAAGAAAGAAAGAAAGAUGAGAAAGCAGAAAAAUUUAGAUGAGAAAGAAAGAUAAAGGAGAUGUAUCCCAGCAGCCCACUGUAUUACCUACGUCUACAUCUACUCCUCUCCCUGUUCUGAAAACAACCACUGCUUUUACUCAGACUUAUAUGACUGUUAACUUUAAUACUAACACAGAACAGCCUGAAGUUCCACCAACACAGAACCCAGGCUCCAGACUAGAUCUGCCGAGUAGCAAUUUAACUCCUCUUUCACAUCACCCUGAGACUUCUCCUGUGCCUCAGCAGCCACAAAGUGCUAACUCAGAGAUUUCUGAUGCCAGUAAAGAGACUAAUAGCAUAAAUGACAUUUUUACUGAGGAUGAAAAACUCUUCAACAUCAAUGAAAGAACCAUAUCUCCAGAAGUGGAAAAUCACAAGACUAUACCUUCAGUCACACCAGAGCAAACUGAGUCACAAGGCACACCUCAUAAGGAAACAGAUGCAUUCUUAGAAGGAACGUUAGAGGAUGGAGAUAAAGAUGGAAGUUUUGGACUUGCACCGUGGAAAAUUGGUGUCAUCUCAGCAGCCGUGUUUCUGGCAACAGAGGCUAUUGUCUUGACUAUAUAUUGCUUAAUAUGUAGAAAAAGAAGGUAUAGUUUGCCUUUCAGUGAUUAAUAUUGUAAAUCAAUGCUUUACUGUCACUAGCUCACCCUUCGAUAGUAUAGGAUAGACUUAA